GAACAAAAGUUUCUUCAACGACAGGAAAACGUAACCAACCCAGCCUCUAGAGUCAGUAGGUCUCGUUGGCAAGAAACUCCAUUUAAUUACUGCAACCGUGCUUUGAAAUCCACUUCAACUAAUGAAGCAUCUACUUCAAAUAAUGAAGCGUCUACAAUAUAUAGUAAUGAAGAGUUUAUGGAGCCUAUUGACAUAAAUAUCAAUGCUAUGUGUGAUAUAUCGGUUUUGGCGGUUAAUAGGAUCAAAGACACAUAUAAAAUU